GUAUAUAUAGUACGCCAUCUCACACCCCAUCGCAAUGUCUGAGCACCCUGUCCCCCUUUGAGCACUGGGCGAGGAUGGAGAGGCGCACGUUACUGGGGAUGGUGGUGGUGGUGGUGGCGUGGCUCGGCGCAGCUCAGGCAACGCUUUAUCAGGACUGCGGUUCCACGGCGGAGAUUCACGAGUUCUCCCUGUCGUAUUGCGAGGUGCCGCCCUGCAUCGUGCACCGCCCCAGCAACUAUGACGUCAACAUCACCUUCACGCCAACUUCCGGCGCCUCAGAGCUGGAGACUAUCAUCAUAGCCACCAUCUCGGGUGUCGACUUCCCCUGGCCGGGUCCCGAAGGCUGCUCCCAACUGGAGAAUGACGUCUGUCCCCUGCAGGUUGGCCACAAGUACAAGUACAGCGCCUUCAUGCCCGUGCUGGAGGAGUACCCGGCCAUCUCCGUGGUGGUGAAGUGGGAGCUGAAGGACGAGAACGACGUGAUCCACUUCUGCGCACUGUUCCCCAUCACCAUUGUCUGAGGCAGCGAGAGAGGUGCAUCCACUCCCUCCCCCUCCCAUGGAACCUCCGGCCCUUACUCAGUCCUCACGUCUUGUCAAGCAUUGUUCUCAGUCCUCACACAGCCCCGGCGCCUCGUUCAUACUUUUAACACGCUCUUCUGGAAGUUACUGUGACUUCUAAGAGUAUUCAUGAUUCUAGUGAUAAUUUAGCAGGGAUUUAUGCAUCAUCAGUAGGUGAUAAUAAUGAUGAUGAUAAUGAUAAUAAUAAUAAUAAUAAUAAUAAUAAUAAUAAUAAUAAUAAUAAUAAUAAUAAUAAUAAAAUACAUGAGAAACCAA